AUGGACGUGGCAACGUUUGGGUCAGCCUGUUCGCCCUGCUCGGCUCAAUUUAUUAAAAACCUCAACGCCGAAGAAUUUAAACACCUAUUUCCGACGGCUACUGAAGCUAUUAUUCAUGGAACCUACGUGGACGACUUCCUAGAUAGCAGAAAUACUGAAGAAGAAAUCAUCCGGCUAGUUGAAGAGGUUAAAUAUGUACACUCUCAAGGAGGGUUUGAGAUACGAAACUUCGUGUCAAACUCUACGAUCGUUCUAAGUGAAAUCGGCGAAGUUAAUGCUCCCCCUUCGAAGGAUCUUGGUCUGCUGACGUCAGAAAAGGCUUUGUCGGUGUUGGGUAUUCGUUGGUUCCCUAAACUUGACAUUUUUACUUUUACGUUAAAUCUCCCGCAACUGGACACCAGACUACUAAAUGGUAUGCUUCGCCCAACAAAACGCCAAGUGCUUAGUACAGUGAUGAGUCUGUAUGACCCACUCGGAAUGCUCGCUGCUUUUGUGGUUCAUGGGAAAAUAAUUAUACAGACCCUAUGGAAGACCGGGUGCAAGUGGGAUGAACCAGUCGAUGAUAGCACGUUUGCUAAUUGGAAGCGCUGGACAAACCUAUUUUCCCGUCUUGGUGAAGUUCGAAUCUCUCGACCCUACUUCGGACAAGGUUCACCUGAAACUUGUCAGCCAAUACAAAUGCACACCUUCGUUGAUGCCAGCAAAGAAGCGUAUGCUUGUGUUAUCUAUUUUCGCUAUUUCGACCGCGGUUUUCCGCGGUGUACUCUGGUAGGCGCUAAAUCAAAGGUGGCUCCAGUAAAACCACUCUCGAUUCCACGCCUUGAACUACUAGCUGCUGUUCUAGGGACACGUAUGGCAAACUAUAUUCAAGAAAACCACCAACUAUCGAUCUCCCAGAGAUUCUACUGGACCGAUUCUUCAACCGUGCUUCACUGGAUACAUGCUGAUGCUCGAAAAUAUAAUUCAUACAUCGCUUGUAGAAUCGGAGAGAUUCUAACAUCCACAAAUUUGAACGAAUGGCGAUGGGUGUCCUCUCGUGAUAACGUUGCGGAUGAAGCCACAAAAUGGGGACAUGGCCCCUGUUUCGAAGAAAGUAGCAGAUGGUUCCACGCUCCUGAGUUUCUGUGGGAGCUAGAAUCAACUUGGCCAGAACAGAAGUGGCAAGCCGUGAAUGUGCAAGAAGAACUACGAUCUAGCUGCUUUCAUCAUCAAACGAGUAAGGAAUUGUUAGUGGAUUAUACACGGUUCAGCAAAUGGGAACGCAUACAUCGUACGAUAGCCUAUGUCUUCAGAAUAUGUACGCGGAAAGAAGACGACCAAGUUAUUCCUCUUGAAUAUUUGAAACAAGAGCAUCUUAAGAAAGCAGAGUUGGAGUUAAUCCGAAUCAUUCAGCGGGAAACCUUCCACGAUGAGAUAGCUGUGUUGCAGAAGUGCCGAAAUGGCAAGCGUGCGGGGGCGGUGCCGAUCGCUAGUCCGCUGUAUAAAUUGUCGGCGUAUAUCGAGGAAGAAGAGAUUGUUAGAAUGGACAGUCGUAUCGGCGCUGCCCCCAACCUGCCGAUCGAAGCUAAGUGUCCAAUUAUUCUAGCAAAAAACCAUCGUCUAACUUUUCUUCUUGUAGAUUUCUACCACCGUCGAUAUCUGCACCGUAACCACGAGACCGUAUUCAACGAACUACGACAGCAGUUCUACGUGCCUGGAUUGCGCAAACUGAUUCGCACCGUGACAGCUCGAUGCCAGUGGUGCAAGGUGUAUCACAAAAUUCCGACUCAACCAAAGAUGGGACCUCUCCCAAGAGCGCGUCUAGUCGCGUUCCAACGACCGUUUACUUUCGUGGGUUUAGAUUACUUCGGCCCGCUCUUCGUUAAAGUAAAACGCUCUCAUGCGAAACGAUGGAUCGCAUUAUUCACGUGCCUUACCACCCGAGCUGUGCACAUGGAGGUCGCGCAUAGCUUAUCAACAACUUCCUGUAAAAUGUGCAUUCGAAGAUUUAUCGCUCGACGAGGGGCCCCUGCUGAGAUUUACUCGGAUAAUGGCACAAAUUUUCGAGGAGCUGCGAAUGAACUUCGAGAGCAAUUACUGAACAUCAAUCAACGAUGUGCCGAAUCCUUUACGAACACGAAUACUAAAUGGGUCUUCAACCCUCCAGCGGCUCCGCAUACUGGCGGAGUCUGGGAACGUCUUGUGCGCUCGGUAAAAACGGCUCUAGAAUGCUUUCAUGAUGCGCCUAAGGUCCCCGACGACGAAACUCUUGAAACUAUCAUACUAGAGGCCGAAAAUAUUGUUAACAGUCGACCUCUAACGUAUAUACCUCUCGAUUCGACUAAUCAAGAAGCUCUCACUCCGAACCACUUCCUGUUGGGCUCAUCAACGGGUGCCAAGAUGCCCUCACAAGAACCAGUAAAUCCCCUUGAAGGCCUACGCAAUAGUUGGAACCUUGCCAGAACCAUUUCUGACAGCUUCUGGAAGCGGUGGUUGAAGGAGUACCUUCCGACGAUUGCCAGACGAACCAAGUGGUUUGAAAAAACCAAACCCCUCGAGCCAGGUGACUUAGUGUUCGUGGCCGACGAGAAAAGGCGCAAUAGCUGGAUUCGGGGCCAAAUUGAAGAGGUUUACCCUGGAAAAGAUGGGGAGGUUAGACAGGCGAUGGUACGCACGAAUAACGGCCGUAUUCGACGAGCCGCAGGGAAUCUAGCAGUGAUCGACGUCGUUGAUGAUGGUAAGACCGAACUAGAAGCUGUGACCUCGUCUUACGCAGGGGGGAAUGUUACGGCCACGAUUCCCUCUGGCUGCCCUAUUAAGUGA